AUGAAGUUUGAUAACCUCAAAAACGGGCGGGCCAGGGGGAUUCUCGCCCUCUUGACCACUGCACUACACGCUCUUGCGACGAAACCGGCCGCAUUUUACUUGGCAGGUGACUCGACUACCGCUGCCCAGUCGUCUGAUGGUGGAGGCUGGGGCGUCGGAUUCUUGAAGACACUUGAGCACGGGGCCAUUGGCACUGACCUAGGAUACAAUGGAGACACCACCGCCUCUUUCGUGUCUGGGGGAGCAUGGGCAAAUGUCAUAGACGCCGUUACCCGAAGCACUUCGCUCUUCCAGCCCUAUUUCGGCCAUAACGACCAGAAGACUGAUUUUGGUGUCACCCUAGCUGAGUACGCCAUCAAUCUGGAAAAUAUGGCCCAGGCAGUCGUCUCCGCCGGAGGUAUACCAAUCUUCGUGACUCCGCUAUCCGGAAGAACUUUCAAUUCCACGACGGGCUUAGUGAUUGAGGACUUGGCCACGCAGCGGAAUAUUACUAUCGCCGUUGCGGAGUCCAUCAGGAUUGACUGCAUUGACCUGAAUAAGGCCAGCACCCAAUAUCUGGAUGCAAUCGGAGCCACUGACUCGGCAACAUAUAACCGCGUGACAAUCGACUACACCCAUCUGAGUCCCACGGGAAGCGUGCUGUUUGGAAAUAUGGUGAGCUGGCUACUGCUCACCAGCACCUCACUAGGUGCCGACCUGCAGGACUACACCAUUCCUAGUCCUCAGAUUGUCGUCGCGAUCAAAAAUGGUACUUAUGUCUACCCUAAAGCGUAA